AUGGCGGCGGCGGCGGCGUCCGCGGCGCUGGGCGAUCUGCUGCUGCUGCAGGGGCAGGCGAAGCGCGACCCGGAGGGGUACCGCGAGGAGUUCGAGCGGCAGCACCGGCACUACCGCGCGCUGCUCGCCGUGUUCUCGUUAAAGCCCCACGCGGAGAGCAAGGAAUUCGGCGACCUCGUCAUGUUCCUCGCGCAGCUCGCCCCCUUCUACCGCAGCGCCAUGGGAGGGUUCCCGGGGGAGGUGAUGGGGCUGCUGCAGUCCCACGUGGACGUGCUUCACCCAAUGCUACGCCGCCAGCUGGCACACGCGCUCAUCCUCCUGCGCAACCGCCAGCUAUUGGGUCCCACGGACCUCAUUCCGCACUUCUUCCGCCUCUUCCGCUGCCCCGACAAGGCCCUGCGCAAGCUGGUGUUCGCCCACAUCGUGAACGAUAUCAGGCGCCUCAACCAGAAGCACAGGCACGAGGGGGUCAACCGGCCCAUCCAGAACAUGCUCUUUUCCCUUGUGCAGGAGGAGAACGAGAUGGCUGCAAAGAAGUCUCUCGCAGUGCUGAUCGAACUGUACCGCCGGAAAGUGUGGACCGACGCGCGCACUGUGAACGUAAUUGCGACAGCCUGCCUGCACCCGUGCACGCGCAUCAUGGUGGGCGCGCUCAAGUUCUUUAUGGGGGCGGACCGGCAGGGCGAGGGGGAGGACGGGAGCAGUGAUGAGGAGGAGGACGAAGAGGAGAAGAAGAACCGCAGCAAGGAGAACUCUGCUCUGGCUUUGGACAGGAAAACGGUUUACACGGCGUACCUCAAGGGAAUUCCCGCCAGCAAGCGCAAGAAGCAGGUGAAGCUGAAGCGAGUGAUGAAGGGGCUGCGGAAGCAGCAGCAGGGACUGCUGAUCACCAGCAAGCGCAAGAAGCAGGCGAAGCUGAAGCGAGUGAUGAAGGGGCUGCGGAAGCAGCAGCGCGCCGUGAUGGGCGGAGGGGGGGAAGGCACGGGGGAGGGCGAAGGGAACAUGCACUUCGCUGCGCUGCACUUGCUGCACGACCCGCAGGGCUUUGCAGAGAAGCUCUUCAGCCGCGUGUCCACGUGCAAUGAGAAGUUUGAGGUGAAGCUGCUGAUGCUGAACGUGGUAUCGCGCGUCAUAGGCACACACCGACUGCUCCUACUCAACUUCUACCCUUUCCUGCAGCGCUAUCUCAUGCCGCACCAGAGGGACGUGACGCACCUCCUUGCCAUCGCCGUGCAAGCCUGUCACGAUCUGGUCCCCCCAGACGCAGUAGAGAGCAUGGUGAAGCAGACCGUGAACCUCUUCGUUCACGACCGAGCAAGGCCCGAGGUCAUAGCAGUGGGGCUGAACGCUGUGAGGGAGGUGUGUGCGCGCAUGCCCCUGGUGAUGGGGGAGGAGCUGCUGCAGGACCUGGCGAUGUACAAGAAAGCCCGCGAGAAGGCCGUUGCAGCUGCUGCUAGAUCGAUCAUUUCCCUGUUCCGAGAGGUUAACCCAUCGCUGCUGCAGCGGAAGGACCGGGGCAAGCCGGGGAAGGCAGGGGAAGCUGUGCAGCCAGUGGCGUUUGGCCACGUGGCAGUGUCUGACCACGUGCCUGGGAUUGAACUGCUGGGGAUUCCGGAGGAGGAGGGCAAUGGGGAGGAGGGGGAGAGUGAGGAGGGAAGUGAGGAGGGGAGUGAAGGGGAGAGUGAGGAGGAGGGAGGUGAGGAGAGUGAGGAGGAAGUGGAGGGGAGUGACGAGGAGAUGGAGGAGGGAGAGGAGGGGGAGGAGGGGGAGGAGGUGGAAGGGGAUAGUGAUGAGGAGGGGAGUUCAGGGAGUGAGGAGGUGGAGAGUGAGGGAGAGGAGGAAGAGGGGGAGGAAGAGGAGGAGGAGAUGGAGCAAGAUAGGCCAGGAAUUUCCAGAAAACGAAAGGCAGAGGGGGAAGCGAGUGGAGAUGGAAAGCGGAAGCGAGAAGGACCGGUGAAAGUGGAGGGUGCGAGUCUGAGGCAGCUGAAACGACUGGCAGCACAAGGGGAAGAGAAAGCCGGAGAGGAAGCAGGUGGAGGGAAAGCAGGGGAGAAGGGGGAAGGGGAGGAGGAGGAGAAGGAUGGGUUUCUGUCAACAGAGGAUUUCAGGAAGAUCAGGAGGAUGCAGGCGAAGCAGGCUGCUGAAUCCAUGUUGAGGCGCAAGGGCAUGAAGAAGGCGGCUAAUGCGCUCGCUCACUCGCAUCAAGCCCGCUCGCACUCUCUCAGUGACCGCCGCGUGGACGCGUCUGACCUGGAGGUGAGUUGUGCUGAAGAGAAAGAGGAAAGCAGAGGUGAUGAUGCACUCGCCCACAUGCACUCGCCCACAUGCACUCGCCCACAUGCACUCGCCCACGUGCACUCGCCCACGUGCACUCUCCCACGUGCACUCGCAUCAAGCACGCUCGCACUCCCUCAGAGUACACAUAAAGACACAGAUGGGCAAGGAGGAGCGAAUGGCAGCAUUGAUGGCGGGCAGAGAGCACCGCAGCUUCCCACUCACCCCUUCAUUCCCCCUCACCCAUUCUCCACGAAUUCGCUCUCCUCCACUCCCCCCUCCCUGCCCUCCCCCCCCCCACAGGUGCACAUAAAGGCACGGAGGGACAAGGAGGAGCGCAUGGCAGCAGUGCUGGCGGGCAGAGAGGACCGCAGCUUCUUUGCCAAGUCGAAGAUGAAGCAGCAGAAGCACUUCGCGGUGCGCGUCACCAUCAAGACACCCAUCCCUUCCUCUCACCCCCUCCUUCCGCUCCUUCCAUCCCUCUCAACCCCUCCUUCCGCUCCUUCCAUCCCUUCCUCUCACCUCUCCUCUCACCCCUCGCCCUCUUCUCACAGGUGGGUGGAACAUCCAACAGAGAGAAGGAGAAGCGCAAGGCAGCGCCAAUGGCAGCACAGCGGGUGCAUCCCCUCCUCUUGGGUCCUCCCUAACCCCUCUCCCUUCACUUCACCCUCUGUUCAUACCCCCUCCUCUCAUCCCCUCCUUGUAAUCGGUGCGUGCCUGCAGGUGGGUGGAACGUCCAACAGAGAGAAGGAGAAGCGCAAGGCAGCGCCCAUGGCAGCACAGCGGAUGAAGCUCAAGAGGCGCACGCAGGGCAAGCGGCGCAGCCUAGCCAUGGCGUCCGUCAAGCGCACUGUCGCCGUCGCAUUGGCUUUCGUCCUCGCGCUCGUCGCCGCGUACACCGCUGUUCACAGCGUCGCCCUCCUCGCACCCACGCGCGCGCGCAACUCUCGUCCCCUUUCUUCCCAGAACUCGCUGACUUCAGAGUCGACCCAAAAGAACUCUCCUCGCUCCCUCGCACCCACGCGCCCACGCGACUCUCGUUCUCUCUCCUCCAAGAAUUCGUUUAUAAGGCUGUUCGCAUUCACCGCACCCGUCAGAAACCCACAGUCAAGCGUGAAUGACGCCGCAAUCCCCGCUGUGGUCCCCAGGCCCGCGCCGCCGCAGCUGCAGCAGCAGCCCGCGAUUCACGCUCCCGCCGACAGCGCUCCGCUCGAGCGCGUGUGCGGCUCGCCAGCCGUCGACGGCUACGCGCACGUGAACGCCACGUGUCUAGAAGCGUCGCCCACGAAUCGCAUGUGGUGGUCCAUGCAUCCUCAGGGAGGGAGGAGCGGAGAGGGGUUGGAUUGCCACAUGGAGCGGGAAGUGAGCUUAGAUGGGCUGGCCGUGCGGUGGGGCAUCGGGCACAAGACCACCACUCCAGAGCAAUGCUGCCAGGCCUGCAGGGACCACAGACCGGACCCACAAGUUGCAGAUCCCUUCGCGCACCUCCCCUGCAACGUCUGGGUAUUCUGCUGCGCUCCGACCUGCUUUGAACCCGACGCGCACACGCACACCUUCGGUGACUGCUGGCUCAAAUUCUCUGAAGCCCCGCAGAGCCCCGAGGUGAACGCGCGGGGGGAGUACCCUCGGGAACUCCUCAUGGCGGCGUUGCUGCACGCGAUCUGGGUGAGGUAUCUCGACUCGCUCAAGCAUCGCCCGGUCCUCACCAAGGCGCUAACGUCAGCGUCGCUAGCGGCCGUGAGCGACCUGAUGGCGCAGCGACUGGCGUCCCGAAAGCCCGUGGAGCUCAGGCGAACGAUUCUCAUGUGGCUGUUCGGGCUGCUCUACAUGGGUCCAUCGGCGCACAUGGUGCAUCGUGCGCUCGACGCCAUUUUUGCAGCCAAGAGAGACACCAAAACUGCGUUAAAGAAGGUGGUGGUAGAGCAGUUGACAUACGGCCCGUGCUGCAAUGUGGUGGCCAUUAUGUGGAUCGCCUAUGUGGUGGAGCGACGCUCAUGGAUGGCAUCCAAGAGACGGCUCUUUGCUGCAUACCCAGGGAUCCAGAUCAAUGGAUGGAAGGUGUGGCCGCUUGUAGCACUGAUUAACUACAAGUUCAUUCCAUUCAACCUCCGUGUGCUCUUCUCCAAUGUUAUUGCCAUCUUCUGGUCUACGUUUCUCAUUCUAAAAGCACGAGGGAUCAAGGACAAGCAAAGCUUGGAAUAA